AUGAACACAGAACGUAAAUUUCUAUCUCCAAAUCAAGCUGCUAAGUUUGUUUCUGGAGCAGCAAGAAGGCAACGUGAAGUUGGACGGCUUCUUAUGCAUCAGUUUGCACGCUGCCGUGUUUGGGAAGCUCAAAGUUCUGGAAGUUUAAUGACACGAAAAAGAGGUAAAUUAAAGCAUAAAUCGGAAUCAACACGACUGCUGGAAGAUUGCGAGGACGAGCAACAGUUCAGUACAGUAACAGUGAAAAAUUUGGACUACUAA